AUGCACGAAACGCAGAUCGAGCAGCAUCCGCCCAAGCAGCUUUACCAAAAGCCAGGGGGGGUCCUGGUUGGAGACCUGAAGUCUAUUUCAGAAACCAAACAACUCGCACGGGAUGCCAAUGCCGCUGGACCUUUCGACGCCAUCGUACACAAUGCAGGAAUUGGCUAUGGUUCGACAUCAUCUAAAGAGGUGACAUCGGACAACAUUUCGGCUGUAUUUGCGGUGAAUACACUGGCACCAUAUAUCCUUACAUGUCUUAUGGAGAAGCCCACUACGCGGCUUCUCUUCAUGAGCUCCGAUAGUCACUGGGGCGGAGAUGAGUCGCUUCGCAACGCGGAACAGUCACACUCAUAUGGCAAUAGCAAGCUCCAUGAUGUAAUGCUUGCCAAAGCGUUUGCAAGAAGGUGGGAUGAUAUUCAAGUCAUCAGUAUGCAUCCCGGGUGGGUGAGAACCAAGAUGGGCGGUAUGGCUGCUCCCGGGAGCGUCAGCUCAUCAGCGAAAGCCCUCGCUGGCUGGUGCAGUGGUGAGAACUCCUUGGCCAAGGUCAAAAACGGUGCUUUCGUUACUACUGGAGGAGAAAGCUCGCCGCACUUGGGGUCUGAAAAUGUGGAUAAACAAGAAGAGCUCUUGGGUCUUUGCAAGCGAAUCUCCGAGUGUUCUGUGCCCGGGGAGAGUUGA